CACUCACCUCGGAGGGGCGGCCCCGGGCGCGCGCAGCGCUGACCUCGGAGGGGCGGCCCCGGGCGCGCGCAGCGCUGACCUCGGAGGGGCGGCCCCGGGCGCGCGCAGCGCUGACCUCGGAGGGGCGGCCCCGGGCGCGCGCAGCGCUGACCUCGGAGGGCGCCCCGGGGGGCGCGUGGCACCGAGCUCCGAGGGGGGCGCGGACCCUUCUCUAACAACAUGACCUGCUGUCACAACGUGCUGCUGCUGCUGGACACCGCCGGAUCCGCCAGGAAGAACCAUGUCCAGCUGGUCGCCCUGCGGCUCCUCAACUACCUAAGCUGCCGCUUCGGCCUGGGUAGAGUCCGCUGGGGUUUCCAGUUCUUCAAUUCUCAGGGGGCCCGGAGCCGGCCGUCGCGAGUUUCCGAUUUCCGUGAGCUGGGGCCCAGCAGCUGGGAAGACUUCGAGGAAGAACUGGAGGCCAGGUUCGGGGCUCGGGCCCAGCGCCCCCACUUGCCGGGCCCAGCGACCAGGGCCACCCACAUCCAGAACGUCCUGACGGAAACCCUCCUGGAUUACCAGUGGGACCUGCCCGAAAUCUCGUCGCCGACGAAGCCCUUCCUAAGAAGCAGCCGGCGGCGAUUGCUGGGCUCCCCUGAUGAGCCCGGGGGGACUGACGCCGACCGCAGAGGCUUGAUGAAUGCCGUUUUCCUCUUUUCCCCGUGCCCCCAUUCCCAGAGGGAACUGCUGCAGUUUGUGGCCAGGAGCGAUGCCCAGUCCCAGCACCUACUGCCCACCACCCAAGUGGUCAUGGAGAAGUUAUUACCCAAGAGAGUGCAGGAAAUUCUGACGGGCAGAAAGAUUUCUCUUUAUUGGGUGGACACUACUGAAACGUCUAAGUUGCAAGAUGCCCCAGACCACCUUGGGUACUGGACAAUGUCUGAACUGUUUCAACGUGUGGGAGGGACUGUUUUGCCUCCUGAAAUCUUAGCCCAGUGCUUUAAUCAAGAUGGUGAAAAAUUGCCCUACUGUGAUAGGGUGAAUACUAACCAGGGACCUACUCAACUCCAGUUCUCCCCAUGGAUUUCAAGUUUGCCAUUUGAAUCUACUUUAAACUGCUUGCUAUCCCAAUCACCCAGAUACCACGCAUCAUUCCCACAAAUAGAAGGAAUAUUAUUUCUGCCUAUUGAAGGUAAUAAGCCUCAGCAAACCUGGAAAGUCACCCUUGAGCCUUUAGCUAUGCAUCAAAGGAACUUUCAGAGACCAGUCAGUAUUUUCUUAAAUGGCACUGUAACCCAAUGGACUCAUCCAAUGAGCAAUAGUUUUGGCACAGAAAGCUGGAUUCUACAGAGCUUGGAGAAUGAGAAAUCAGAACAAGGGAAAUUAUUUCAGCAACUUGUUAGAAGACUGUCAGUUGAAAAAUUACAUUUGGUUGCUGAUGUAGAUCCUGGUGAAAGUUGGCCACCUAGUACCGGAAUUAUAUCUCCUCUUUCCAACACUGCUACAAUUCUUACUGUGUUUCGAAAUGAACAUAAUGAAUUCCAGGAAUAUCUCCACCAAGAUAUGACAGAGAAUCUUCAUGAUUCAACCUACCUUCUUCCAGAUGUUGUAAAGAGUGUAUUGAACCAAAUUCAUAAUUCACAUGAAAAUUCUAAUACUUCUGACAUUCCUGUUUCUGACUGGGUCCAGCAGGAACUUGGCCGGACUCACCCUUGGAGUACUGCAGUUGUGGAAAAAUGGUUUCCUUUCUCUAAUCACAGUGGCGCAAGUUCAAAUUUAAUGGAAUCAUUCUGGUUAUUACAAGCUACCUCAACUAAUAAGGAAGAAUCCUCUAGGACAGAAGGAGAGCUAACACAUUUUCUCUCUGAAUUCUACCAGAGAAAAUCUCGUGAAGAAUUUACUAUGAUUGGUCAAGAAGAUAACAAAAAGAAACGGGGUGUCCCUGGUACUCCAGUUAGACAGAAGAUGAAGAGCAUGUCACGUUCUCUAAAGAUGUUGAAUGUUGCAAGAUUGAAUGUAAAAGCUCAGAAACUUCAGCCAGAUUGCAGCCCAUCCUCUUCAACUGGGGAGAAAAUAGUCCAAAAGACAACAUUCAGAAGAAAUGAAGAAAAAUUGGAAGAGAGAGGAAAAAUGUUGAGAAGUUCUAAACCUAAAGAUUUUAAAACUGAGGAAGAGCUACUAUCUCACUUAAAUGAAAAUUACCAGAAAAUUGUGGCCAUGGGAGAAGGCUUACCACAAACAAGUGCCCAGAAUAUGAUCUUAACCAUUAAAAUGUUCCUGAAAUCCAAAGGCACCAAAGAUUUAGAAAUGGCCUGUCUAGAUCGAAUAAAAAAAUACCUCCUAAAGACCAGUAAAAGUCUUCGACAGCAAUUGAGCAAAAAUCUAGACAAGGAAGCCAAAGUCAAAGAGUACCAGCUUCAAGUGUUUCUUCGUUUGGAGAUGUGUUUGCAGUUCCCUUCAAUGCAGAACAGUUUAGAUGACAUGGAGCACUUAGUAGAGGAGGUGACAGACUUACUUCGAGCAGUUUGUUUAACUGAGGACCCAGCAUAUUUAUCAGGGUUUUUGGAGGAAAUUUUGGGAUUGUAUAUUGACUCCAUUCCAAAGACACUUGGAAAUCUUUAUUAUAGCCUGGGAUUUGUGAUUCCCCAGAAGUUGGCUGUCAUCCUUCCUGCAGAUUUCUUCAGUGAUGAUUCCAUGACACAGGAGAAUGGAUCACCAACACUUUCUGUACCUCAUACUCGUAGCAUGGUGUCAGUCAGCACUGAAUCCGACCAGCUGGAGGAGUUGCGGAGUCGAUCAGCCAAGAAAAGGAAGCAUGCAUUAACAAGACAUAGGAGCGUGACAGAAGCAGCACAAAAUCUUCGGCAAAUUGAAGUUCCUAAAGUUCCCAAGAGAGCUACCAAAAAAGAAAACUUUCAUCCCAGUCAUCAGCAGCCACUCCCAGUAAAAGAUUUGGUUCAAGAAGUGACCAAGGUUAGAAGAAACCUUUUCAACCAAGAAAUGCUUUCUCCUUCAAAAAGAUCCAUGAAAAGACUGCCCCGAAGUCAUUCAGUCUCAGCUGUUGAAGGGCUAAAAUACAAAGUUGACAACCUCAGGGAGAUUCAAGAUUAUCAUAAACUGCUAACUAAGAGGGUAUCAGAGACUCCAUUGCACAAACAAGUAUCUAGAAGAUUACUUCAGAGACAAAUUAAGGGCAGGUCCUCUGAUCCUGGUCCUGACAUUGAUGUUGUUGAAGAAUCUCCUGAAAAAGAAGAAUGUGAAAUGAGUUUGAGACGAAGCCCUCGCAUCAAGCAUCUAUCAUUUGUGAGAACAAACUCUGCUUCUUUCUACCCCAUAUCACAACCAAAGCCUCGAAAUAUACAGAGAGUAUACUCAAGACAGAAGGAUGAAUCAGGUACUAAGGAAUGUCCUGUAAUUCAGGGUAUCCGAUCUCCCAAGAGGCUUUUUUUUGGUGCAGUCUCUGAGAUGACUACACCUACAAAGGAAGUGCAUCAAACUAAAAAGUCUCCAAAAAACCCAGUGGAUUCUGAGAAACUGUAUCAGACUCCUAGGAAAAGUGACCAGAAGCCACAGACUCCCACUAACAGAAUUCUAAGGAGAUCGCCUCGAACACCACAAAUGGCAUAUCACACUCCAAGAAAACAAAGAAAAACUACUUCAAAAAAUACAUCAACAAAUCAGAUGGCUUUUAAGAAUUCUACAAAAGAUCUUUCAUCUGACUUAGAAGUUAUAUCACUAUCUAAGGCAAAAGUAAUCCCUCAGAAGGAAAGUGCCCUGCAAAAAGAAUUCCCCUCCCCUCUUGAGAAAACUCCCCAAAAGCCAAGAAGCCAAACACCUGAACUUUUAGAGACUCCUCCUUGGUCACGUCAGAGGAAUUCCAGUCUAGCCAAUAUUUCAUGUCCAGUAGCCCAGUUCCCAAUUACUAUCCAGACCACUAAUAGUAAUUAUCUUACUCCCAUUAAACACUCACAGAAAACACCUCAGAAAUCAGGAGCCUCUAUAUCUCCAAGAAAAUCUGGCCAGGUAAUUGCAAUGACACCUCUAAGUCAGAAAAACCAAGAUCCAAAUAUUCUCAUACAUACAAUUUCUCAACCAGUGGAAUACACUAAGGAAUUAAAAGAUAAAACUGUUCAAAACAUAAAAAGAUCAGGGAAUAUGGUUGCUGAAUUCACACCACCUAUUUCUCCGCCCCCAAAAAAACUAUUUAAUUCUCCACCACAUGAUGUUUCAAUAAAGACUCCAACUAAGACAUAUUUUGUGAAUUCUUUCUCUCCUACUGGACUUGAAGAAUUUGAUUGCAAGAUACAGAAAUCGCCAAAUAUGGUAGUCACAUCUCAUUCCAGUAAUCUUAUCUCUCCUCUCAGAAGGAGUUCAAGGGUAACUAAACCUGUUAUUAACAGUCUGCCUCCACCACCUUCCAAAAUGAGGAAACAACAUAUGAGUAGAAACAAUUCCAUCCUUGAAAGAAGUUUGCCACUUUACCAGUUCAAUACUUCUGAUGGUUCUACAGUUGAACAAAAAGAUUUGGCAAUUAUAAAAUUAUCCCCUAAAAAGGAGCAGGAAAAAGUAAAUCUUUCUCCUCCAAUUUCCCCCAAGGAGGACUUUCACCCUUCAGGGUAUGAAUGGCUUAAUUCCUCUCCUCUACUUACUACCCAAAAUGCAACAGAAUGUCAGAGCAGCGAUAACUCAGAAACUUGUUUAAGACCAGGGUUAAAGAAGGCUCUUAGUUGCGAACAACUUUCUACACCUAAUGAGGUGUCUUCUCCACUGAAUAAGCCUAAGUCUCCUUUGGUACCUUCUUAUGCCCUGCGUUGUACUGCAGAUAGAAGGCAGAGAAAAGCUGCAGCACGGCUAGCAGAUCCAAAAGCUUCAUCUCAGCUUUCAGAAGACCAUCUGAAAGUGAUUUCUGUUAGUCCUCCAACCUAUGAGGUUGAGCUGGAGAUGCAAGCCUCUGGCUUACCCAAGCUUCGUAUUAAAAGGGUAGACUCUGUCAAUGCUGAAAGCCAAAAAAAGGUGGAUACAUCUCUGGAAGGAGAGAACAUUUCUGAUCUUGGGUGCUUGUUGCACCAGGAUAAACCUAGCCAACUUGAAGCUACUUAUGUCUCACCUCCAUGUCUUCAUUCUUCCCAUACUACCCCAGGCAAGAGUGGGGGACAGAUGUAUAUCUGUCAGUCUUAUACUCCAACUCAUUUUCCCUCUAGCACCCCUUCCCCCUCCCCAACAGAUGUUUGGGUUCCUUGGACACCAUCUCCCAGGCACAAAGGGAAGACCACUCCUGAUACAAUCCAAGACUGGCCAAGAAAAAAGAAGGCAGUAGACAGCAAUACUAAUUCUUGUGGGAGAAAUGAAAGAGGUUUGGAUCUCCUAGGAAAUAUAUCUGAGAUCGAAGAGGAGGGAAAGGAGAGAAUUUUUGAACAGGGCACAAGCAAAACUCCUAUCUUGGGGGAUUUUGAAUUUGAAGGCGUAUAUAGGCUUCCAGAUCAAUCACCUUCCAGUGACUGUGAGCCUAGGCCUGAGGACAGUUUUUCAAAGGGACAAUUUGGAUUAUUCUCUAGGAAAAGACCACUUUCCUCUAAGGAGGAAACUGAGUACCAACCUAGAACUUGUGGCAGCCAAAAAAGAAAUCAGGUAAUUUCUGCUGAUAAUGAAACAAAGGAAGAAAGGAAAUCUCCAAGUACAAGUACAAGACAGCCUUCCUCCAUGGGAGAUGAUGAGGUAUUCAUUUCAGGUUCUACCCCACCUAACUGUGCUGUGAGAAGUUGUCUCUCUGCCAGUGGUCUUCGGGCACUGACCCAGUCUCCUCUACUGUACCAAGGAAAAGCACCUUCCUUUCAGCGAAAGGAUAUUAAAGAUGAAGAGAUGGAUGUAUUUCCAAGUAAUGCAGACCAAGAGUCUCCUUUCAACAGAGCAAUCUCCAGGAGACAUCCUAUUAAUAGAACUUAUACUCGAAAAAGGCUGCUCAGCUAGUUCAAUUGUGUUGUGGUCACUUGGUUAUAACCAUUACUAACUUUGUCCAAGUCCACUUUGGCUGGCACAACAGGAAGUCUCUGUUCUUAUCUCUCUUCCAUCGAAAGACUUGACUUUCAUCAGAUGUAUUGGACACUCAUAGACUUGUGUUAUGAAUGAAUGUGUGAAAUAAUACCAGAAAACCCUAUUCAUCUUCUUUGGAACUGAGCUGAGAGAUUUCUGCAGUGUUUGUGGCCCUGUAAAGAGCUGGAGACAGGGCCUUUUUAAAUCAUGUGAGAGCAUACAGGGCAUAGGACAGAGAAAGCCAAAUAGAAAGGUGCUGGGAAAUGGCUUCAAGCCUUUUUUAUUGUUCUGUUUACUGUUACUCAGGCUAGGAAGUUUAGAGGGUUAUUAUUCCCUGCAUUCAAUUCCUCCAUUAUUCUUUGCUUCAUACCUUACCCAAGAUGGAGCAAGUAGUACUGUGGGAUCAUGAAGAUAACAUCUAAUGUGGCAGAAGAAAUUGUCCACAUUCCCUUUAUGUAAUAUAAUAAAUUGUUACUUGAAACACUGUGGGUUCAACACACAAAUGGAAUAUCACACAUAGGAGAAAGAGCAAUGGCCAUGAGGGCACUCUGUUUCUAUCACUUAUCUAUGUGACUUCAAGCAAGUCUCUUAACAUGGGAGCUUGUUUUCUCAUCUAUAACAUCGACAAUAGCACUCUAUCAAACAGGACUGUGAUCAUCAAAGGAGAGAACUAUCAAAUGACGUAAAUGACAAUUUAGAAGAAAUAUUUCUACCAGGUUUCUAAUCCUCACCAUGACUGGACUGAGAUUAGUUGUGACCAUCAUCCAAAUCUAAACUUCUUGAUAUUAAGGCUAUGUUUUCCAGAGUAAUACUUUUUGAAAGUCACAUUUUCAUGUUUUAGAAAGCCUUAAUACUUUCUAUCUUUAAGAAAAAUGU